CUUCCCCCCGCGCUGUCCCCGAGCCCGAGCACCUCCGUGUGUGUCCGUGUGUCCCUCCACACGCACAUCUUCUCCCGAUGGCUGCUUCGGUGCCCGGCAAUCGAACUGGAGUGGAUGUUUUACCCCAGCGCCCAGCGCUGACCCCGUGCCUCGCUUGUGGGCUCUUACAGGCAAUAGCUUGCUUGAUGGACAUGAACGCCUUGCUGGACAGAUUCCACAAUUACAUCCUACCGCACCUCCGAGGGGAGGACCGAGUUUGUCACUGCAACUGUGGAAGGCACCACGUGCACUACGUGAUCCCGUACGACGGGGACCAGUCGGUGGUGGACUCGUCGGAGAAUUACUUUGUGACCGACAAUGUGACCAAGCAGGAGAUCGACCUCAUGCUGGGGCUGCUGCUGGGCUUCUGCAUCAGCUGGUUCCUGGUGUGGAUGGACGGCGUCCUGCACUACGCCGUGCGCGCCUGGCGCGCCAGCCGCCGAUACGACACGCCCUGGUGGUGGCUGCCCAGGCUGUGUAAGCUGAAGGAGCUGCGCAAGCGCCACCCGCGGCAGUACGAGGAGCCCACGGGGAACAUGGUGCACAUCAAACAGAAGCUCUACCACAACGGGCACCCCAGCCCGCGGCACCUGUGAGGGAACCGCACUCCAGGGACUUCUCUUCCUCACGGGACGGCCCCUGCAGCGCCCCCAGGCCGGCCGGGCACUCGGAUUGCCGCCAUUUUGCCGCGAUUUUGCCGCGAUUUUGCCGGGACGGCCCCGGGCGGACGCGCCACCAUGCACAACCAGAGCCGGCGCUGGGCGCUCUGCAGCCCAGGCUUUGCACUGUGGUCCACGUUUUAUUGUCAGACUGGUGUAAAUAUGUAAAAAAAAAAAAAAAAGCAGACAAGAACAACAAAAAAGAGAUUUGCAUUAUGAUUUCAACCCUCAUCUCAUUGUCCUGGCUGUCCUGCUCAUCCUGCUGGCAGUGGUGGCCGAGGGGAUGGAGGUGGGACAGCAGCAAGAAGAUGCAAAGUGUCUCCUCCAGGAGCUCCAGCCCCACAACAUUUCUUUGUUCCUUUGGCUGCUCUGAGCCUCCCACGGCUACAAAGGGCCUGGCUGGUCACAGGUUUGGAUGGGGGAAGGCACAGUGUCCCCUUCUUGGGGUUUUUGGGGUUUUAUUUUGCUUUGGUUCUCAGGUUUGGAUGGGGGAAGGCACAGUGUCCCCUUUUUUGGGUUUUUGGGUUUUUUUUUUGCUUUGGUUCUCAGGUUUGGAUGGGGGAAGGCACAGUGUCUCCUUUUGGGGUUCUUGGGGUUCUUUUGCUUUGGUUCACGUUCUGGAAUUGCUGUGGGGGAAGGAAGGGCUGGGAAUGGGUCAGGGCUUUGUGUUUGCAUUGCUGCCCUCUGAACCUGCCUUGAGCACCCCUUUAGUGGUGGCACCUUUAGAGGUGGCACCUUUGGUGGUGCUUUUGGAAGUGUCACCUUUGGUGGCGGGAAAAAAGGAGCUGCUCUGCCCCUCUUCCUGCAGGGUGACCCUGGUUAAAACACCCCAAAAACCCCAAAACCCCAGAGGGCAGCAAGAGGGGGCCCUGAGCAGCCUCUUCUUGUAGGGUGAGCCUGGUUAAAACACCCUAAAAACCUGGAUAGAGCACCCCAAAACCCCAAAACCCCAGAGAGCAACAAGAGGGGGUCCUGAGAAUGGUGAGCCUGGUGAAAACACCCCAAAAACCUGGUUAAAUCACCCCUAAGGCCUGAUUCAAACACCCCAAAACCCCAAAGAGCAGCAAGAGGGGUCCCUGAGCAGCCUCGUUCCUGCUGCACCCCUUUCUUAUGGGGCUGGGCUUUGGGGACACACAGACACCCAGACCAAAACCCCAAAUCCACAGACACCCUGACCAAACUCCUCCCCAAAUGUCCCCAGAGUUGAACCCAAACGUGAGGAAGCUCCAAAGUGGUUUUGUGGGGCUGCUCCUGGGUGGGUUUUGAGGUCUGAUCUUUUGGGAUCAGGGCUCUGAGGGAAGUGUCCUCACCCCAAACCCUCCUGUAGGGCCAGCAGGAGCUGGGGGCUUUGGGGGGUUUUAUCCUGUCCUGGGGUUUGUGAGCAGGGAUUCCAGAGGGAAAUGCCAUCCCCAGGAUCUGAGAACCCUCAGUAUUUCCCUCAAUAUUUCCCCCCCUUUAAUCUUUUUGUAUCCAGUGGGGUGGUGCAGAAAAAGGGGAAAAACCCAGGAGUAAAGGAUGCUGAGAAAAAUCUCAUUUUUUUUUCCCAUGGAUUCCAUGACAUUUUCAGUGGCCUCCUGCUGUUUGGUGGCAGCAAAAGGGACACCCCAACUCCUGCUCUUCCUCCCUGCUUCACUUUCUGUGUUUUGGGGUCAUUUUGAAAUUUCCUAUGCCCAUUUCUGUUAAUUACAAGCCCAAAUAUUCCCAUUUUUCUGCCAUCCCCACUUUUGCUAUUCCCUAGUGCCUCUUGUCUUGGAGCCCCAGGUUUUUUCUGGACCUCAAUAAUUGCCUGGUCCUUAUUUGCGUCUGUCUGUCUGUCUGUCAUUCCUGGCUGUCAUGUCCAAAAUUCCUUAGGAUCUAAGGAAUGACUUUUCCUUGAGCAGUUAUCAACAAGUGGGGACAGCACUUUGGAGGGGAG